AUGGGCCCUGCGGGUGGCGCGCCGGUGGCGAUGGGCGUCGCGUACCCAGGCCCCGCGGCGUUCUACCCUCACGGCAUGAUGGCGCAGCCGGCGUUCCUGCCGGCGGGCUUCAUGGCGGCCCCGCCCAUGGCUGGCGCAUACCCGAUGGCGUACGCCUACCCUGGAGGCCCGCCCCUGCAGGCGGUCCCCGCUGCAUACGCGGCCGCGCCUAUGGCGUACGGCCACGCGCCCAUGCCGCACCCCAUGGCGCCGCCGCACAUGCAGCAGCAGUGGGGCCCGCCGCCGGGGCCGGGCGCGGGGCGGCCGCCGCCGCCGCCGCCGCCGCAGCACGCGCUUGGGAAUGGCGCGGGGGCUGGUGGCGGCGGCGGCGACGACAAGCGCACGGCCUAG